AGAGUCUCAGAGGGUAAAGAAUCUCAAGUUACAGAGAGAGAGAGAGAGAGAGAGAGAGAGGGAGAGAGAGGGAUCAUAAACCAGAAGGUAGAAGUAGAGCGGUAGAAGUUUCUGGGCAUGGCGGAUGAAUUUCAGCUUGGCAGUGGAAACUGGUGGGAUUCACCAAGAAGCAGGUUUGAAAGUGGAUCGACUCCAUCAACUACGACAACAAAUAGCUUAGUAAGAUUUGGAUGGCCGACAGAAAUAGUGGAUAUCAAAGCAACGUCAUCAAUCGAUUCCGUGUCAGAUUCUCGGAGCUCAAUUGUUUUCCAAGAUACCCAGAAGCUGCAAGUGCCUGAUCCCAACUUGAUUGGUUUAGGCCUUUCAUCUCAAGGAAUGGAUUGGAACCAAGCUCUACUUAGGGGUGAAAAAUCUGAGAGUAGUUUUCGGUCGAUGCUUCAAGAAGACUUAAACUCGAACACAAGUUUUCAGCAAGAAGGUGGGAUAUCAUCUUCUCAAGUACAGUGGAGACAGAAAAUGUAUUCUGCAAGUUCUGAGGACUCCUCCAUGAACGAGUUCAAGCAAAUUAACAGAGGUUUAACAUUAGAUCAACCACAGUACAGUUCUCAUAUCAGCUCAAGCGACAGUACUAUAACAUGUCAAGGCUUACAAACUAGUUUUCAGAUGGAUUCAGCCAUGUAUGGAAGUCCUUCAACUAUGUUUCAGGGAUUAUUAGGAUCUGAUAACCAGCAACAACAAUCGAAUUUCGAGAGCAGAACGAUGAAUUAUUCGUAUCCAUCUAGCUAUGGAAUGAACUCUGCUGAAGCCAUGCCUUCUAGUUCUUGGUCUAAAUUUCCCCAGUUUCUCAGAAGUUCACCUCCAAAACAAGCACCUCAUAGCCAGUUACACUUCUCCAACAACGCUCCGUUUUGGAAUGCUUCCACAGCCCCCAUGAACGAUGCUCGACCGAGCUUUUUCCCAGCGUUACAAACGAAAUUUCCGACGACAAACUUUGAUGAAAAACCAAAGAAUACAUCAGAAGUUCGGGACUUGGGCACAGUGGUGAAGAAAAGCAGCAGUGAACCAUCAAAUAAAAGGCCUCGUAAUGAAACCCCAUCACCUUUGCCAGCUUUUAAGGUUAGGAAAGAGAAGAUGGGGGACAGAAUCACUGCAUUGCAACAAUUGGUUUCGCCUUUCGGAAAGACCGAUACUGCCUCAGUGCUCUCUGAAGCUAUUGAAUACAUCAAGUUCCUCCAUGAACAAGUUUUAAGCACUCCUUACAUGAAAAGUGGAGCUUCCAUACAGCACCACCAGAAGUCUGAUAAAUCCAAUGAUCCUGAAGGACCCAAGCAAGAUCUUAGAAGUCGAGGACUAUGUCUGGUACCCGUUUCGAGCACCUUCCCUGUCACUCAUGAAACAGUUGAUUUUUGGAACCCUACUUUUGGAGGAACUUUCAGAUAAAGAUGGCGAAGAAGCAAGCGAUAUUUGGGCAUGGAGCUGAUUCUAUGAAAUGCAACUAGAAACACAUCAAACCCUAGCCAAGAGGGAACGACGACUUAGAAAACUCUGUGUUAUGAUUGUACAAUAAUCAAACGAGAAAGAAAUAAUAGGGCGCUAUUGUUGGACAACCUUCACACAAAAAUUAUGCAGAUUGGACCAAUAUGAGGGACCACUGGAAGCGAAUAUAGUCUUGUAAUAAUUGAAGAUUUAUGAUUAAAGAUAGGUUCGUUAGGAAUGAGAACAGGUGCUAAACUUGGAGAUAGUAUAGAUUAGAUUAUAUAACAUUUGUUGCUUGUAGCUGAAAUUAGUUAGCUCAAGGGGAGAAUAAACAAACUUUUGUUGUUGUAUGUCUUGGUGCAUAGAAUAGGACUACACAGAAAAGAAGAAAUGAAGGAACGGAAUAAUUGCGAUGCAGAAUACGAAAGCUAGUGUGUGUGUGUGUGUUUGUGGGGAGAACAUUUGAUUGCAAAUCUCACUUUAGAUUUGUUUAUAUGUUUGGAAUAUGGU